UUCAUGCAUGCGCAUAUACUACUUGUAUAAUUGCCGGUUGUGAACAUGAUUUUGUUAAGAGUAAUUUCAAAUGCAUACUCAAUAUAAUGAUUUAUUAUUUCUAUGAGAUGCGAGUUAUUAUUGUUAUCAUUAUCACAAUUCUUGCACUUGAGCCAUAUCGUCGUGCAACUUUCUCAUUGUUUCGCGCAAAAAAACGAAUUAUGAAAGUGAAAUCAAUUCCAACUUGA